CCUUCAUGACAGGAGGAUGGGGGACUACCUAUCAAACAUGGCAGCCUCAAGGCCAGCAGGACCCCAGUCACAAUGGACCCCAAGCAGGCCAGAUGGACUACUCUAAAGCAUGGGAGCAGUAUUAUAAAAAGCUAGGUCAGACAUCUCAGCAGCAGAGCUCGCUCCCAGAAUACAGCGCGGCUGUGGCAGAGUAUUACAGGCAGCAGGGAGCGUACCUCUGGCCGGGUGCACAGGCAACCCAGGGCCCAGGUCUUCAGGAGCAUUAGAGUGGACGCCGUCUUAUGAAGAUUCUGGAAUCAUUGAGAUGAUGAAAACAGAGCUAUUAACAGUACUAUUGAGGUUUCUAAAGUAUAUUUUCAACACUUUGCGGCUUACCUUUCCUUUUUGUAAUGCACUAGCUAUAGAAUAACAAAAAAAUAAUUCAUAAAUCUAUUUCUUUUUCUUUUUUUCUUAUUUUAUUUUAUUUUUUUACCUAAAACUGAUAUUUUACUGGGCAAUUUGGAAUACCCUCUGGUCUUGAGAAUAUAACUUUCUUUUUUUUUUGAUCAAACUUGAACUUAAAAUGUGUCGGUGUGGCUUUGAACAAAAUGCAGUAUAAUCUAUUUUGUCCAGUUUUAGCAAUAAAAUGGUAUUGGCUUAGCAGUCUUGAGUAUUGAGUAUAAUGACAGUUUUGUUUUUGUAAACUAUGUUUUAAACAUGUGCUUGUGAUGAUUUGUGUUUUUACGUAGACAUUUUUUUGUUGAGAGAUUGAAAUGUAAUGUAUUAUUGUUGGAAAAAGUUUUCUUUGUACUAAAUUCCUGGUAUGGUGUCUAAUUUCUUAUUUAAUCCUGUUAUUCUUCUGUGUUAUUGUUUUGUUUUCUGUUCAGGGAGGUGCAAUAUCUCGUUUCGGUUUGCAGACAAAUAUGUUGACAAAAAUGAGUUCUUAUUCCUACAUUAGAAAUCUUAGGUUUAAGCCUAAGUGUAAUAAAUGAUUGUCAAAAUGAUCUGUUA